UAAUCAUUCGAUUGUCAAUAUUCAAAUCAAUAUAUCAAAUCACAUUGAAAAUGUUGUCGAAAAUUGUACUUUUUCUGUUCGCAACUUCGUUCGUGCUCGCUUAUUGUGAGCCGAUAGCUUAUCCAGAGGCCGAGGCAUUGGCUGAAGCUGAUGCUGAUGCUGAAGCAGAGCCACUCGCAUUCGCCGAUCCUGAAGCAGAACCAGAGCCAGAGGCACUUGCCGACCCAAUCGCCUAUGCACUGAGAAAACGGUCACGAAAACAAUCAAACACUGGGGCCGCAAAAACCAAACGUGUUAGUUACAUUGUAACAAACCGUAAAAGCUCGAAAUGUAAGAAAUCAUGCAAGAAAGGUAGCAAAUGCAACAAAUGCAGCAAAUGCUCUCGUCGCCAAAGUUGUAAGAGCAAAGUAUGUCGUAGACGAAGACGAUGCUCGACAGCUGCCACAACCGCCUCAACAGCAUCGACUGCAUCGACUGCAUCGACUGCAAGCACUUAAAAUACUUGACGUUUACUGGCAUUUUUUCAAUGACAUUAACAUACGGAACUUUGCAAUGUCUUUGUCAUUUAUCUUAUUUAACUUAUCAUCAGAAAAGAAAUACCUAUUUAUAUUCUAAAAACUUAUUUAAAUAAACUUUGAGCAUUUGAAAAAU